UUGUCAAGUCAAAUGCAUGUCAAAAUGUCAAAUGUCAACCUCAAAUAAUUGUUUAUAGAGAUAUGUAAACUUUCUAAUUAUGCGUUGUUUUAAACAGAUUCAAGAUCAUUUAGUAUUUGAGUUUUUGUUCAUUUUUAAAACAUAAGUAUAUUUUAUGUUUAGUUGCAUUUCAAAAUGACUUCAGCAUUAUAUCUGGAACACUAUCUAGAUAGCUUGGAAAACUUGCCCAAUGAGUUGCAGCGUAAUUUUACUUUAAUGAGUGAUUUAGAUAAAAGAGCUCAGGGACUGAUGAAAAAUAUAGAUGCUCUUGCUGAUGAAUAUUUACGAAACAUAAAAACAAUAACUAGUGAUCAGAAGAAAGAGCAAUUGGAUAAAAUUCAAAAUAUGUUUAACAAGGCGAAGGAAUUGGGAGAUGAUAAAGUACAGUUGGCCAUACAAACUUAUGAACUGGUUGAUAAACAUAUUCGUCGACUUGAUAAUGAUUUAGCAAGAUUUGAGUCAGAAAUUCAAGAUAAAGCCCUAAACUCUAGAAAUCAAGAAGAGCCUUCUAUAGGUAAAAAAGGACGAAAGAAAGUGAAAGAUGGAAAAAGCGAUAAGAAAAAAAGAUCUGGAAAUUCCAGCGAGGAAGAUUCUUCUGGAACAGUACGAGGCAAUAAAAAGAAGAAGCAAAAAGGAACAGGUGUCGAUAAGGGAGGCAAUACAGGUAGUGGUGCAAAAGCGACGUCAGGUGAGGUUGCUGAGGCAGUUGCGGCCGUUUUACCAGGUCUGGCUGGUAUUACCCAUCCCAGUGACGUUCUAGACAUGCCUGUUGAUCCAAAUGAACCCACCUACUGUUUAUGUCAUCAAGUAUCAUAUGGAGAAAUGAUAGGAUGUGAUAAUCCUGAUUGUCCAAUUGAAUGGUUCCACUUUGCUUGUGUAGGGCUCACCACAAAACCUAAAGGCAAAUGGUACUGUCCAAAAUGUACUCAAGAUAGAAAGAAAAAGUAACAAUGUUAAAAAAUAACUUUAUUGUUCUAAAAAGACAUAAUAUAUUAAAUAAUUUUUGUUAAGCCGAAAUGAUGUAAAUAAGGUACAUAUAUUAAGUAAAAAGCUGUAAAUUUUAAGAAUUCUUUUUGUUACUUUUUAUUUUUUUGUAACUUGAUUAGGGUCAAUGAACACUCUCAGAAUAUUUAUUUUGUAUUACUUUAUUUUAUUAAAUUAUACAUAACUUUG